CGAGAAGACGACGACGAGGAAUUGUUCGAUCGCGCUGGUUCUGGUACUUCCGUCAGUCCACAAUGCCCGCCAAAGGCCAUGCAAACCUCAGCCUCCGCACGUUCCGCAGCCUGACAGGCCACGCGAAGGGAGCCUUGAAGGACGACUCCAUAAGCUCCAUUGUCCGCGCACUCGUCAUCGCAAUUGUCGUGGCCGUCUUUGCCGCGUUCGUCCUCCUAGUAUACGCAGAGAUCGCAACGAUGUCCAGCUCACACAUUGCAAAGCAUCCCAUGUUUUCUGACAUGAAGCUCUAUUCACGGCGUGGGUCAGGUUCGCCAUCGGCGAGCUCAAGACAUUCAUGGCGUAUCAAACAGCGGGGUGGCUCUGCUAUGGCCUGGUCCUUCUCGUCCACACGUCUUGCUCGGGCGUUGCGAAUGCCUACGCAAUGUGCACAGUUGUGCCAGUGGCGUACCUGGGCUUGAUGGCCGAGAUCUUCAUCGUGUCGUCGCUACUGGCCCUGGAAAAGCAGAUCCAGACAGCGCUGCGCAGCCCUCGAUCGGCGUCGAAAGCACCGCUGUUCCUGCACAACUACAUGAACCUGUUGGCGGUCGUGGCGGCCUUCUUCCUUGCACUCAGUGCCGAACGCGUCGACGGCGCGUACACGACCAAUGCAUCCCUCGGCUCGCUGCUCUUGUGCAUUGCCGCCGUCACGAGCACGUAUGGUCUGGGCGGCAUUCUCGCGUCCGAAGGCAACUGGAAGUUCUGGCAGCCGUUUUCAGGUGGCGUGACGUUUGUGGCUAUCCAGUUUGUGUCGUGGUUGUGCUUUACGUUCAGUGUCGUGCUGCAAGGAGUGUUCUUUCUGUCGUUGAUGGUGGUGGAGGUCAAGGUGUUUGUUGGAAUCAUGGGCGUCGCGGGCAUGCUCAGUGUGGCGUCCCAGGUCGGCAUGAUGGUCAGCGUCUUCGUGUAUGCUCCGGCGCCUACCUCGUCCGGACGGCUGCUGCACGCGAUGCACCAACAGGCCAUGCGCAACAUCGACAUGAUGUUUCCGACGCUGAUGAUCAAUUUGCCGCCGAUCGCGUUCUUGCCGUACGCGCUGCCAUGGACGUUUGUGCCAUCGUUCACGUGGUUCGACGUUGGGCUGUACUUUGUUGGGCAUGUUGCCAUGCAAACGUUCAUGUCCAUCCCGCUGUCGCACCUCCUCCAAGUCUACUUCAAGAAGACGUCGGCGGGGGCGAGCGUUCCCUUCAUGUACUGGUGCCUUCCACUUCUCUUUUCCGCGAUCCCGCUCGUGUCCGUGCUCGUCCACUACGCUGUCGAUCACCCUGCAGCCCAUGCCAGCGCCGCGUUUGCCGUCCCGUGGUACCUCUACAACGUCGUGACGAUGCGGGGCAUGCCAGCUCAAACGGGGUGUCGGCAGGACAAGUCCCUCCUACACAAACGCAGCGCGCUGAUGGACGCUACCGCGAGGUACUUUUCCCUCAACCUGCUACGCACGGCGCCGCUGAGCGCGACCGACACAUACAUCUUUGGCUUCCACCCGCACGGCAUCAUCCCGAUGACCGUGAUGUGGCUCCAGUUCACGUCUCAGUGGCGUGCGCUGUUUCCCGGCGUAUUUGCGUGCCCGCUGAGUGCGAGCGUCGUCCACUACUUCCCCGGCAUGCGAGAUGUGAUUCAAAUCCUCGGCGCGCGGGAAGUGACUCGCCAAACGUUUUCCGACACGUUGAACACCCACCAGUCCGUGUUUGUUGUCCCGGGGGGGCAAGCCGAGCUGGUCGAGUCCAGGUCGCGGCAAAACCAAGUUCGUGUGUUCACGGGGCACAAAGGGUUUGUGCGCUUAGCCCUCGAGCACGGGGUGUCGCUGGUGCCCGUCCUGAGCUUCCAGGAAGGCGAGAUCCUGGACAACGUGCGGUGGCCCAAACUGCAGCGAUGGUUCAUCAAGCGGUUUGCAUUCCCAUGCCCGUACUACCCGCAUGGAUGGACGGGCUUGCCGAUCCCGAACCGCGUGCCGCUCACGAUCGCCGUCGGGGCGCCGAUUCCCGUGGCCAAAGUGGCCAUCCCAACGCAAGCCCAAGUCGACCAACUCCACACCCACUACUUUGACCAGCUGCGGCAGCUCUUUCUCGACCACAAGGACGCAGCGGGAUGCUCCGACUAUGAGUUGAUCUAUAUUGCGGCAUAGGUAUGUCCGCUGCGUGCCGUGUGUGUGGGGCGGCAUCUUUCAGUGCGAGUGCGGCGCGACCGAACGCCCUGUGGACGGCCGACGUGGUCGAACAUUCAAACGGCGUGAAGCUCCAAGCUAGGUCCUGCCCGAUUCCAAGCCGAGGGCGCCUCGCGACUCGAGUUGUCCCUGGAUGGGUCGUUUGCUCCAUCAUCCAGGUUUACAUCGAGAAAGUAGCAAGCUUUCCAUCACAAAGAAGCGUGGCGAUCUCAACUGCGAAAAAUCGCG